CAAUCGCGUAGUUUAGUAAACAAAAAAAUUCGAUCGAUUUGUGGUAAGAUGGGCAGUUCGUCAUCGAAAUUCAAAAAAUACAUCCAAAAUGGCGAUGAAUACGCUGCCAUGCAAAUGUCGAAAAACGUGCCGGAACUGUACAGGAGCGUCGACCCCAACAUCAGCUACGGCGAAAAUCACAAUCACAACACCCUGGUGCACUAUGCUGCAAAACAUGGCAUGAAGCACCUAUUGCGCACAUUUUUGCAGGAUAUGAACGGAAAUCCGAACAAAAAGAAUGCUCUGAACGAAAACGCACUGCAUUUGGCCUGUCAGUUAAAUCAGAUGAGUUUCAGUGCCUACGAGCGCAGAGCUGCCUGCGUACAGUUUUUGUUGUAUUGGAGGGGGGCAGCAUUGAACAACGGUGAGAGGGAAAAGGUCGAUCUUGCUGCCCAAGACAAGGAAGGAAACACUGCUCUGCACUGGGCUGCCGCUACAGGUUUAAGAAGAUGUGUUGAACUAUUAAUAGCCCAUGGAUCUCCAUUAUUUAUUGAAAACAAUGAUAAAUAUACGCCAUGCGACUUGGCAAUGAAGGCAUCACACCACGAUAUUGCCGAAUUUCUCGAGAGCCGCAUGGUAUUUGCUGACAAUCCUAAUACCGUUAAUGAAGACGAAAUGAUAAUCGAGCAGGAAGAAGUCUACAGUGGCCUAAGGAGUCAGGACUUGCAGGAAGCUAAGGAUCAACUUCUUGUAGACACAUCGGAUAUGCUUAAAAUACCCCUAUUUACUGCUGAAGCUUUACUAAGAGUAAAUGAGUGGUCCAGAGAACUUCUGCUGGAAAAAUGGAUGAAAAAUGCUGCUGAAUGCUGUGAGUUUGCAGGAGUACAAGCCCCAUCCUCCAUUUUACACCAUGCUAGCUCCUUAGAUUCCAGUAUCUCCAAUGAAACCAACGACGAAGAAUUUAUUUGUGAGAUUUGCUAUAACUCCAUCACAGACUAUGAUAGAUCCAUCAAGAUUUCCUGCAAACAUAUUUUCUGCAAGACAUGUUGGAAAAGCUAUUUAAACAUGAAAAUUCAGGAUGGAGAUGCUCAUCAUAUACUUUGUCCAGCGUACGACUGCCAUAUUCUUGUUCCUGUGGAUUUAAUCGAGAAAUUGGUCAGUCCUGUGAUGGCCAGGAGAUAUCUGCAAUUUGACAUUAAGGCUUUCGUAGAGAGCAACAAAUGUAUAAAAUGGUGUCCAGUGGCGGGGUGCGGUCGAGCCGUACGCCUACCCGAAGCCGAACAACAUCGAGAACCACGCGAAAAAAACAUCCCUCUUACGUCUCACGCUGUGGACUGCGGAAACGCACAUUUCUUCUGUUGGGAGUGCCUUGGAGAAGCCCACGCACCCUGCGGAUGUAAAGAAUGGCACGAGUGGCAGGUAAACAUUGUAAAUUAG